GCUGCACAGCAACCAGAGAUGGUUCUCCACAGUACAAAGACCUUCAUGAAGACGUUCCCUUAUUUGUAAGCAAAGUUGAGUGAGCUUUUUUUUUAUAAUAAUGUCCCAAUUCUGGGCUUACAUGAGUAUGCACGAGACAUAAUCCUGGACUAGCUAAUAUCUCUCUGGCCCAACAAGAUUCUCCUUUAUAUUCAGAUAGAUUUCACGGACAUGUGGUACGGUAUGAGUUUAAAAUAAUUUUGGCAUGCUGUCAAUGUUUGGGACAAAAUGGAUUACGCAGCUCUUGAUUGUGUGUGUUUUUUUUUUUUUAAAAAACUCUUCCUCUGUUAUUUGUGUGGCACAUGGUCAGAGGCAACCUCAUUAACCCGGAUUAAUGUGAUAGUAUCUUCUUGACCAAGUUCCAUCACUAAUGAGACAGAUCAUCAAAAGACAUGCUGCUAUUAGUUUCCCAUCAAUGGACUAUAUAAUAGACGAAGAAAAGAAAAAAGCAUCAGACAAAAGGAUACAGCCAUCUUCAGAUCCACCAGUGAGCAUCAAAGAAAAAGCAGGAAAAUGAUGGUGACGUGGAUAUUUUUGUGUUUUAUGUUGCUUGCUCUGCUGAUUCUCUUCUUCCUGAAACAACUCUGGUCCCGAAGACAUUUGCCUCCUGGUCCUUUGGCUCUACCUCUCAUUGGGUCUGCCUUGGCAAGUGGGUUUUGGUUCCGUGAAGAUUACUUCCUCAAGCCUGCAAAACAAUAUGGAAAUAUAUACUCUUUGUGGCUUGGGCCUCGCCUUCUAGUAGUGUUGUCUGGAUUCAAAACUGUGAAAGAAGUGAUGACCAGCUUCCCAGAAGAAUUCUCUGAUCGACCAGAGUAUGCGUUCUUGAGUACUACAGAGGAAGGAAGGGGAAUUAUUAAUUCCAAUGGUCACCUUUGGAAACAACAGCGACACAUCGGCAUCAGUUCUCUGCGGAUGUUAGGGCUGGGCAAGAAAAGCAUCGAGCAUCAAAUAGAAGAUGGAGCUCAGACAUUGGUGGAGAUCUUUAGACAAACAAAAGGACAACCCUUUGACCCAUCCCUUCCAGUAAUAAAUGCAGUUUCUAAUGUGAUAUGUGCUUUGAGUUUUGGACAUCAGUUUGCUCCUGACGAUGAAAACUUCCAGAAGUUAAUUCAAGCCCUUGAAACUCUGGUGAAAUUCUCUGGUGGCUUUUUUCAUCUGCUGUUCAUUGUGUUCCGACGAUUAAUGAGCUACCUUCCAGGCCCGCACAAGGAGGCCUUGGCUUCUAUAGAGGUGAUCACUUCUUUUGCAAAGCAGGAAAUCGAGAAACACAAGGAAUCCAGCGCUCUGCAUGAGCCCCAAGAUUUCAUUGAUCACUAUCUUCUUCAGAUUGACAAGAGCAGGAAUGACCCCGAAUCGACCUAUAAGGAAGAGAACCUGGCUCUGUGUAUUUUUGAUUUUUUUAUUGCUGGAACAGAGACAACCGUGAUUACUCUGAUGUGGGCACUUCUCCUCUUGACCAAUCAUCCCAACAUCCAAGAGAAAGUCCAGAAGGAGAUUAAAGAGGUGUUUGACAUCUCACGGUCAAUUUCCUAUCAGGAUCGGAAGAAGCUGCCCUACACCAAUGCUGUGAUUCAUGAAAUACAGCGUCUAAAGUACGUCUUGUUAGCUGGGGCUCCCAGGCAAAGUACAAAGGAUGUGAAGGUCAGGGGUUACCACAUUCCACAGGGGAGCAUUAUUUGGCCGGACCUGCGCUCGGUUCUUCUUGAUCCCAAACAAUGGGAGACACCUGAAGAAUUCAACCCAAAUCACUUUUUAGAUAAGGAUGGGAAGUUCCUUGAACGGGAAGAGUUUCUGCCCUUCGGAAUAGGUCAACGUAUAUGUGUGGGAGAGCUGCUGGCAAGAAUUGAGAUCUUCAUCUUUCUGACCAGCUUGUUGAGGGCCUUUAGCUUCCAGUUGCCUGAAGGAGUGAAACAACUCAACGAAGCACCUGUUGUAAAAGUGGCAAUGCCACCACACCCUUACAAACUGUGUGCUAUUCCCACAAAGGCUUAAACUUAAACACCAUAAAAAAGCAUACAAUUAUUAAAUUUUAAAUUAUUAAAGAGUAGCUAUUAUGAUAAAUGUUACCUCUAUGCAUCUAUUCACUUAAUAUUGUGCUUUACUUCUAUUUAGUCAGUAGCGAAACCUGUUCAAUAUAUCACAAAACAUACCUAACAAGAUCAAUCAAAGACUAGGAAACUGUGUAUGAAAAAUGUGCUUUUCAAUUGUUUAACCUUAGUUUCCUUUGGGUAUUCAAAAAAUGUAUUACUUUCCAUUUAGUCUUGGUAUCUAUUUUCACUUUUAAUAAAUUUAUCCCAUGGACUUCACAUUCUCUAGCCAGAGCAAACCUCAGAGAUAAUCCAAAAGGAUACCAUGCUUGAAGCAAUGAAACGCUGCUGGAAGGCUUAACAGAAGAAGAAAGGGGCUUCUAUCUACCCACAUUCCAGGGCAGAACAUCCACAAGAUCAACCAAUGCAUUUUUUAUUCCAUACUUAGGUCUGAAUGUAGACUGGAUCCAAAUGCUUCAUCUAGAGCCCUCUCUAGUUAUAGUCUAAUCACUUUCUAUAGAAAACAUUUUUCCCAAUAUUGCUCCCCUUGUAUUUUCUGGCAAUUCCUUUCCCAGAAUUGUCCGAUUAUUCAAAAUCUUUGUCUGAAUCAAUGCAAAGAAAGAGGUCCUUUGGGGUUAAUCCUGCCUAUUCUCUUUUUUAUCCCUGUAUUUUGGAGAAGAUUCCCAACAGAAGGGCUUGCCAGGCUUCUGGGACCUUUCCCUAAGUGCUUCUUCCUGAAAACCAGCUACAUCUGAAUGAUGCAAUCUAAAUAGAGUGAUCUAAAUAGAUUUAAAUAGAUCCAAAUAGCUAUCUUCUAUAAAAAGCCCCUAUAUCUAAAAAAUAUUCAAGUUACACAAGAACUUGCUCUUCCUGAUACCAUCGCCGUGAGCUGAAAACGCAUUUAUUUAUUCAAGCGGGACUGGCAUAAUAUUUUUAAUAUCUUAAAUUUUAACUGGGGUUUUAUUAUUAUAUGUUUUAUAAUUUUAAAUUUUAAACUUUUAAAUGUGGCCAUUUUUUCUAAUAUGCUCGGUUUUAAAUUGUCGUUUUAAUUGUACAUUUUUGUGUUUUUUAUCUUUUGGCUGUACACCGCCCUGAGUCCUUUGGGAGAAGGGCGGUAUAAAAAUUUAAUAAAUAAAUAAAUAAAUAAAUAAAUAAAUAAAUAAAUAAAUAAA